CGUGAUAAAGGGAUCGUUUCAUUGCUAUGUACCUAUUCUACAGACUGAGAACUCUAAGAUCACGACGAACCGGCAAACAUACGGCGUAUCAUCGCGAAAGACGUCCUCAUGGCAUUCUCGACCUCGGUGGCCGAUCAGUCCGCAAUGCGCGAGGAUAAGGUAGUUCUGGUUCUUUCUAGCAGCAGGAACAGCAGCGGUAGACUUCACUGGGUUGAGCAGUUGGUAUAGUACCUGGUAGGAGUGAAGUGUGAAGGACGGCUUGAUUCUCACCAAACCGCGCAUGCCGAAGUGAUAGAUACCAACGUCACGACGAGGGACCCGGGGUGAGAAGCUUCUAAAGUCGGCAUCGAAGCCUGGUGGGCCCGGAUAUCCGAACCACUUCACCGGUUCGAUCGCAGCAGUUUAUCAUGGCACGUUUCGUCCACGGAAGAGCUAUAUCUCUGCUCCGAGGUCGUUCGCUCACUCGUUCGUUCUCCGGUGGUGGUGGUGAGGGUGGGGAUGGUUGUGGUGGUCGUGAUGGCGGGCAGUGUACUUGCAUGUAGGGCAGUGCUUGCUGGUGGCGUCGCCGUUUGCUGGUUUGCUUGCUUGUUGCAGCACAACAUAUAUGCCUCGUAUGUACGCCUCAAGUAUACAAUAUGUGCACUUGCGUGCGAUUUGCGCGAAGAUUCCAGGCUCGAUUUGAUGGUAAACUCGUGGGAUAGGUUGAAAGGCUGUGAUAUCGGCGUGGAGAGGAGUGCAGUAAUGCUGAGUCGGGGACGAGAGUUUCUUCUGCCGUUGGUUGGUCAACACCGGUAUUUCGGUUCUGGUGGCUCGUAAGGGGGAGGUGUCUGGUGGAAGCCGUUGUCGUUGGACGGAUAGAUGCAGGACGUGGCUGAUGAGGAGUUACGAGAAGUGAGAGGGAGCAGAGAAGCUCGGUGCAAGGGGCCGAAAG